UUUACAAACUGGGGAAGGAGCUGUAGCAGAAGCCGAGUCAGGGAAAAAGCGAAGAAGUGGGGGCGACCCUGGGGGGUUUCGAGGAAGUUGUAGCCGUCAUGACCACCAGGAAGGAUCCUCACCUCCGGGGUGUAUCACCCACGCCUAGCAAGAUUCCAGUACGCUCAAAGAGAUGCCCGCCUCUCCCCACAGUCAAGCCCAGCGCCCUAGACCAGGAGAACCAAGAUCCAAGGAGAUUGGAGCAGAAAUUCAGUAUUCGACAUCCCCUGGUUGGCUCAGCAGGCCCCAGGCCGAAAACCACACAUCAAACAGAGAAAUCAGAGAGAUUGGUGGGGAGCACCCAGCUCCGGAACCCCUUGGGGGAGCUCAGGCCUAGCCCUAGGAGACAAAAUGUGGGGCCUGGGCCCCCUCCCCAGACAGAGGUUCCAGGGGUCAUAGAGUUUGUGGCUGACCCUGAGGCCCUGGCCACCAUCCUUUCAGGUGAGGGGGUGAAGAACUGUCAACUGGGGCGCCAGCCCAGUCUGGCUCAGAGAGUACUGGUUCGAGGGAACCAGGGAGGCACCAUCCGGAGGGGCCAGGGUGCCCGGGCUUCUGCAUAUUUGGCUCCUAGAACCCCUGUCCACAGACUGGACCCUGCCAGGGUUUCCUGCUUUUCAAGGCUGGAGGGACCAGGACCCCGCAGCCGGACCUUGUGCGCCCAGAGGCUAGAGGCUCUGAUUCCACCUUCAAAACCUUCCUUUUACUCCUCUGCUCGCCCCAGCUGCCAGGAGCCAAGAAGAGAGACAGGUGGCGGUAGCUGGACCUCAGUGAGCCAGGCCUCAGGAUUGCUCCUGGAGACCCCACUCCAGUCUGCUUCUUCUCUCCCUGAAGGAGAACAUGAAAUUGUCACUCACCCAGAUGAAGGAGGAGGGGGCCCCCUCGGUCUGGCCCAGUUGGUUCCAUUAAGAGAAACUGGAGAGAUAAACCACACCAGGGACAGCCAUGACUGCCACCCCAUGCCCUCCCCUGGCCGUUUGCUGCUACCAUCCAUCACCCAUCCAUCCCCCUUUGGACUGGCUCAGCGUGUUCCCUCCCCUGGUCCCUCAGCUCUGACCUCAUAUUCAGUGUUGCGGCGUCUCACCAUUCGCCCCAAAACCCAGUUCACGCCCAUCCCAUCUGCCCCUAGAGCUCAGCAGGCCCGAUGUUUGAGUGGUCUCUCCCCUCAGUCUUGCCCUGAAGAGCCUGCCCUAACCUGGGAGCAGAUUGCAGUCCGGUUAUUUGACCAGGAGAGUAGUAUAAGGUUACAGGAGGGGCCUGGGAAACCAUCUGUGGCAACUCCUCAUGGACCCCACCCUAGUAGAACCCCCAACCUCCAGGAGCUGAAGAUGCAGCGCAUCAGUAUCCUGCAGCAGCUUUUGCAACAAGAGGUACAGGGGCUGGCGGGGGGCAAGUGUGCCUCCCUUAAUGGAGGCUCCUCCCUGGAUAUGGUUGAACUUCAGCCCCUGCUGGCUGAGAUUCCUAGAACUCUGAAUGCCCCAGAGCAUAAUUCAGGGGCUUGCCACCUUCCUGAACACUCUGGACUGCCAAAGCCCUGCCUUCCAGAGGAGUGUGAGGAACCACAGCUCUGCCCUGGAGCAGAGCCUGAGGUAGCUCAGCUCAGCACUCCAGCAGAGCCAGGGCCCCCAGAAUCCUGCCAUAGGAAGGAGCCUGAGAUACCAGAGCCUACCACCCAGGAACAGCCUGAGGUAUCAGAGGCCUGCCCUCUGGUAGAUCCUGGAUCCCUUCAGGUCUGCCGCCAGGAGCAGACUGGACUCCCAGAGCCCUCCCCUAGGGUAGAGCUUGGGGCAUCAGAAGCCUGCUCCCUGGCACCUAGGAGUCCAGAGUCCAGCCCACAGCCCUGCUGCAGUCAGUGGGCUCCAGCGACCACCAGCGUGAUCUUCUCCUCCCAACGCCCACUUUGUGCCAGCCCCCCUAUCCGCUCACUCCAGUCUCUGAGGCCCCCAACAGGCCAGACAGGCCCCAGCAGUCUGGCUCCUCGAACUCUGGCCCUGAGGCAGCGCCUCAAAGCAUGUCUGACCGCCAUCCACUGCUUCCAUGAGGCACGCCUGGAUGAUGAGUGUGCCUUCUACACCAGCCGAGCCCCUCCCCCAGGCCCCUCCCGGGUCUGCACCAACCCUGUGGCUAUGUUACUGGAAUGGCAGGACGCCCUGUGUUUUAUUCCAGUUGGUUCUGCUGCCCCUCAGAACUCUCCAUCAUGAGGCAUCUGCCUUCACCCACUGCUGCCCUGCCUUACUCCUUCCUUUAAGCCCUAUUUAUUGUCGGUCCAUGGGAUUGAGAGCCGACAGCCUUUCGUCCUUCAAUAAAGU